UCGAUCAUACGUGUCUUGUUGUCUGCUUCGUCGUGAAGUGGAUUUCCGUCUAGAAUAAUUUCAAGCUUUUCGAAAAUUUUCGCUAAUACUCAUUAUAUUCCCAGCAAAAAAUUCUGAAUUGUAAGCGAAAUGACUAACAUUAAAAGCGUGCUAGUUAAGUUCUAUGAUGAAUAUAUCAGCAACACACCCAAGAAGCUAAAAAUAGUCGACGCCUAUCUGCUAUAUAUUUUGCUGACCGGCAUUACACAGUUUGUUUACUGUUGCCUAGUUGGAACAUUCCCGUUUAACUCGUUUCUGGCCGGAUUCAUCAGCACGGUGAGCUGCUUCGUUUUGGGUGUAUGCUUACGAUUGCAGUCAAAUCCACAAAACAAGUCUCAAUUUCUAGGAAUAUCGCCUGAACGUGGAUUCGCUGAUUUUAUUUUUGCGCACAUUGUACUACAUCUGGUUGUGGUCAACUUUAUCGGUUAAAUUUGUAUCUAUAACAUUUACAGUACAGUGAUGUGGAAUGUCUAAUUUGAA